GAAAAAUAAUAAGAAGAAGAAGAUCUGAGUCCGCAGUGUUUUAUAGAGAAACAGGAUCUGAUCUGCUGCAGGAUGAAAAAUGUUUAAUAAGAGGAUCGUCUUACAAAUAUCGAACGUGAGAGACAUUCAGAUUUGAGAAUAUGGUUUCCAGAAGAUCCAGAACUCAGAAAAUAUCCUCUGCAUCUGAUCACGUCAGCGCGCCUCACAGGAAAACACAACGAAAUACCGUCAAAAAGAAACCGUAUCACUGCUCAGAGUGUGGAAAGAGCUAUAGUGAACGAGGGAAUCUCAAAAAACACCAGAAAAUUCAUACUGGAGAGAAGCCGCAUCGCUGCUCGGAGUGCGGGAAGAGCUUUAGAGAACGAGCGACUCUCAAAAAACACCAGAGAAUUCAUACUGGAGAGAAACCGUACCACUGCUCAGAGUGCGGAAAAAGUUUUACCCAGCAGAUUCAUCUCCAACUGCACCAGCUAAUUCAUACCGGAAAGAAACCGUACCGCUGUUCAGAAUGUGGAAAAACCUUUAAUCAAGCAGGUCAUCUCCAACUGCACCAGAGAAUACAUACCGGAGAGAAGCCAUAUCGCUGCUCAGACUGUGGGAAGCAUUUCAGUCAACCGAGUAAUCUGCAAACACACAAGCUAAUUCAUACUGGACAGAAACCUUAUACGUGCUCACAAUGUGGACGGAGUUUUAGAGGGAGUGGUGCUCUCAGAAAACACCAGCGUAUUCAUACCGGAGAGAAACCCUAUCGGUGCUCAGAGUGCGGGCAAAGUUUUCGAGGGAGCGGCACGCUAAAAAUACACCAGCGAAUACAUACCGGAGAGAAACCCUAUCACUGCUCAGACUGCGGGAAGAGGUUUACUCAGCUGAGCAAUCUCCAAAGACACCAGAGAAUUCAUACCGGACGCAAACCGCACCAGUGCUCGCACUGCGGGAGGAGUUUUACUCAACGGAGUAGUCUCCAGAUUCACCAGCGGAUUCAUACCGGAGAGAAACCCUAUCACUGCCCGGAUUGUGGACACAGUUUUACUCAACAGAGUAAUCUCCAAAUACAUCGGCGAAUUCACACUGGAGAGAAACCGUAUCACUGCUCAGACUGCGGGAGAAACUUCAGACAUUUAAACAUUAAAACACACAGAUGCUUCAAACAAAGACAAAUACAAUAACGAGGGAAAAAUAUACUUAUACCUUGUAAAAUGGACUUUUGUUGUAGUAAAACAUGAUAAAAGUACUUAUAUUUGUUGAAUAGCUCAACUCCGUUCUCCCACAGCGUUUAGAGAUCCAGAAAUAUUGUGCUUUUUGCCCAGAACCGGAGAGCCCUGACAUUUAAAACGAGGCAUUAAUAACUUAAAAAGUGCACAAGAAGCUUAUUAAACACCACUGUGUACAUCCCAUAAUACUAGCUUCAGCUCCGAGUGCCGCCAUUACUGUACUGAUAAUAACAUAGACAUAUAUAUACAUAGACUCCGCAUAGUGUAGCAGCCGGCGCCAAGGGAUUUUACCAAGGAGGUGUAUAACGGUGUAAAAAGCAAUUUAUCGAGGCAAAAUAUGCCCCAAUACGGCUGCUGUAAAGAGUUCUGGGCUAAAAGCACACAAUUUCUGGAUCUCUGAACACUGUGGGAGAACGGAGAUGAGCUAUUCAACAAAUAUAAGAACUUUUUAAUCAUGUUUUACUACAACAAAAGUACAUUUUACACCAGAGUUCUCCUUUAAGACAAAAUGCGUUCGUCUGUAGUUUGUUUCUCUGGUCUGAAUCAGUUAAAGCUAAAGGAAUCACUUUGAAGUGUUCACAGUGUGAAACGUAUUCUGGUUUAUUUAACACUUUCUGCUUACUUUCUGUCACAGUUUUAAUAUUUUGUGUGUGUGUGUAUAUAUAUUUAUUAGUGGUGUCAAUCAAUAAAUCAAAUUAAAUCCAGUUAAUCACAA